AUGACCAGCGACAUCACAAUAAACCUUAUUGAACCAACAAUCCCCAAAACAGACAUCCCUGCAGUUCUUACCAUUGCUGGCUCCGACAGUUCGGGUGGUGCUGGCAUUGAGGCUGAUCUAAAGACCUUCACGGCCCAUGGGGUGUAUGGACUCACAUGUAUCACAGCAUUGACGGCCCAAAACACCAAUGGUGUUGCUGCAGUGGUCAAGACACCAAUGGACCACUUACGCAAGAUUCUCGACUUGAACUUUGACGAUUUUGUUGAAGGAUACGAUGGAGACGCUCCACUUAAAGUGGUUAAGACAGGAAUGCUUACUGAUGAGGCAGUUGAACUUCUAAGUCAAAAAAUCGACUAUUUGAACUCGAAGAAUAUCAAAUUGGUCAUGGAUCCGGUCAUGGUAGCAACAUCGGGCAGCAAGUUGGUGGAGAACAACACCAUAAAAUUGUGCUUGAACACCAUUAUCCCCAAUGCAUACUUAUGCACCCCCAACUUCGUAGAGGCAGAGCACCUUUGGAAAGCUACUGGCCAGGAACCAUUACAGAUCAAUACCAUUGCUCAAUUCAAGGAUUUUGUGAUCCGCCUUCAAGGAGAGUUGAAAUGUUCUAAUCUUUUGGUGAAGGGUGGGCACAUUCCAUGGUUGAAUGGAAGCAGAUUCAAGGAGAAUUCUCCUUUGGAUAUGUCAAAUGGUUUGUCCGACUCUGAUUUUGAUUCAAAACAGGAAUUGGAGAUUGUUGAUGUUCUUUACCAGGCCAAGGACGAUGUAUUGGUGACUUUCAGGUCUCCAUACAUACAUUCAGAAGACACACAUGGCACAGGAUGUACAUUGGCUAGCUCUAUCUCAUCCAAUUUGGCCAAAAACUUCUCCCUCCAACAAGCAGUGACACUUUCCACUCAUUACAUACACAUGGGAAUGGUCAGCCUCCACCGCAAGUUAGGACAUGGUACAGGGCCCUUAAACCACACUGUCGGAGUACAAACUAGCGUUCGAAAUGUUCUCAAAGGUAAAAAUUACCAUUCAGAAAUUCAAAAUCAUCACGGAUCGUUGUUCCAAUACUUUAAAAAUCACGAUAAGGUCAAAGAGAACUGGAAGAAGUAUACUCAACAUGCCUUUGUGAACAAAUUGGCUAAUAACAAUCUCCCUUUCCAACUGUUUCUCUAUUUUUUAAAGCAGGAUUUCUAUUAUUUGAUCAAUUAUGCUCAAAUCCAUGGUUUGGCUGCGUCUGUAGCACCUAACUGUGAACAAAUUCAUGCUCAAUCUGCUAUCAUUGAAAACAUUAUGAAAGAGAUUGAAAGACACAAGGAGAAAUUACUAAAGGAGUAUGACUUUGACUUUGACAGUGCUGACUUGGAGGUUGAGCUUGCACCUUCUAAGGCUUGUGAGGCGUAUUGCGAUUACCUUUUGAAAGUGGGCAAGAACGAAGACUUUCUCGGCAUCAAGGUAGCUUUGGCCCCAUGCCUUCAUGGUUAUGCAGAGGCCGGGGCUUACGGGGCGGCCAUAAGAGAGGUUAGUAAUCUGUCGCUGACUGUACUUGAGCCCGAACAAGUGGUUGCGUAUACAUCGUGGCUUAGUGACUACACUUCAGAAUGGUACACCGCGGCGCACCACGAGGGUAUAGAGACGUUGGACUCCGUCUUCAGUCAACAUGAAGUUUCGGAGCAGAGAAUGGAUGAGCUUGUCGCAAUCUUCAACGAUGUUGUCUGUCUCGAAAUCGGAUUUUGGGAUGAAAUCAUCCGAAUUUCCUAG